UGUGUGGUGGUGGGAGACGGUGCUGUAGGUAAAACAUGCCUACUCAUCAGUUACACAACAAAUGCCUUUCCUGGAGAGUAUAUUCCCACUGUCUUCGACAACUAUUCUGCCAAUGUGAUGGUUGAUGGAAAACCAGUCAAUCUAGGCUUGUGGGAUACUGCUGGUCAAGAGGACUAUGACAGACUACGCCCACUAUCUUAUCCUCAAACAGUUGAAGGAACGAAUGGUAAUGAUUUAACUCCCAGGGUGAAACGUCAGCCACUCUGCGACGUCUUCUUAAUUUGCUUUUCUCUUGUGAGUCCUGCAUCCUUUGAAAAUGUUCGUGCAAAGUGGUAUCCGGAGGUGAGACACCACUGCCCCAACACUCCCAUCAUCCUCGUGGGGACCAAACUUGAUCUCAGAGAUGACAAAGAUACGAUUGAAAAACUCAAGGAGAAGAAACUGGCCCCCAUUACCUAUCCACAAGGCCUUGCCAUGGCCAAAGAAAUCGGUGCAGUAAAAUACCUAGAAUGCUCGGCGCUUACACAGCGAGGCCUGAAGACAGUCUUUGAUGAAGCUAUUCGAGCCGUUCUCUGCCCACCUCCUGUAAAGAAGAGGAAGAGAAAAUGUCUGCUGCUGUAAUAUUCUUCCCUGGCACCCUGAUCCCUUCUCAGAACCUUCUGUGCUUUGCUUGGAACAAUGGAGCAUUCACAUCAAUGCCAACUUUUCUGUUUAAAAAUCAGUUCUCUUUCAUCAAAUUGUUUUGAACCAAUCAUGAGAUUUCAUGUUCCCUUUGUUUCAAAGUUUAGAUCUUUUUUCCUUCUCUGGAAGAGAUCCUAAGAAAGACAAACUUAUAUGAAAGCCUUAUUUUUUUCCAAAUCCUUUCGCUCAAAUUAAUCAAGUGUUGCCAAAUUAUCUGCUCAUUAUGUUGUUGCAUUCUUGUGCUUUGUUAUAUGGAGCACAGAACCUGUUUUUUAAGUCAAACAGGUGUCUUUAAAGAUACUAAUGUUUAUUAGAAAUUGCAAAACUUUAUAGGUUUUUUCCAGAUGUUUUAUCAGUAGGAAUACUGAUGUGUAAUGCGUUCAUUCCAUGACAGUCAUAGUAUCCUCUCAAGCCUGAACAAAUGCAAUAAUUCAUAACAGAUUACCCAUUUUUUAAAAAUAAAAAAUGCUUUCCUGCUUAAUAAGGACUUUGAUUAAACAAUUUUCCUUAAAGUAUAUUGUCUUCCUUGACAGUAGUAUAUUGUUUUGAUUGGUGAAAAUCAUUUGAGCUGCUAAAGGGAGACAGCUCAGCAGUAUUUUGACACAGUAAAGAUCAAUUUACACUACAUUAUCAACAAACUAGUUAAACUGAAUGGAUUUUUCUCUUCAGUAGUAAAAAAAGUAAGAUGAAACCCUGCAUUGCAACUAAACAAUAACUAAAGAGGAGGUUAGUGUUUUUAUAGAUCACAUAUUUGCAAUUUCCAGUAGGGCAUUUACUACAAUUUUGAACUGGUCAUUCCCUCACAUGUUCUUGCUAGAUGCUUUUCUUAUAGAACCUUUCCUUCCUGAGUAAUGUAACUUGUAUUUUAAAACCUUUCUGAUUAUAUUUGCAUUUUUGUAGAGUAGACUACUCAAGCAUAGCCUUCUUUCUGCCUCUUCUCCCCCCCCCCCCAUAUACAUGCUUUUGAGAUGCUUUCUUUAGUCUUCUGGUGACUUGGUGUAAAAAUCAUGUGCAGCAGAUCUACCAGUUCUAGUAUUUUUUUAUAUAUCCCAUACCACCUUAAUGACCUUUCUCAUGUCACCAUUUGCCAGGUAUCCUGAUGCUGUAACUUUACUAAUGCAGAUGUUGCCCUUUUAACCUCACUGUAAACACGUACCUCCUGUUGGGUGAUCUAGUAACGGUAAUUGGGUCUGUGAGGUUCUGUACUUUAGUGCUAACAGUGUUCCAUACAUCCUAAACGCUGGCAAGAACACACUGAACUACAACCUUUCAACUACUAGAACAAAGAACAAUAAAUGGAGUUUGCAAGAUUGUGAAGUUUUUACAUUGAUCUUUUUGGUAUGCAAUUUAGCAGUAUGUUUUGCAUGUAUGACUUAAUAAAUUCUUGAAUCACA